AUAUUUCAGCUAUAUAUACACUAUAUGCUUGCUUGCAAAUAUCUACAAGCCAUUAAUAAUUAUAUUCCUUCUCCAAUAGAGCUAUGGUUCUCAUCUUCUUCCUCAACAAUGCCACCAUUUUCUUCUUCCUCUUCCUCUCACUCCUAUUCGUUACUCGAUGGACGAACAAAUCGAAAUCGAAAUCCAACGGGGGCCCGCGGAACCUCCCACCGGGCCCACCGAAGCUUCCGUUGAUCGGCCACGUCCACCUCCUCGGAACACUCCCGUUCCGUUCGUUCCAAACCCUAGCCAAAACCUACGGCGACAUCAUGCAUUUCAAGCUCGGCGAAGUCUCCGCCAUCGUCAUAUCUUCGCCGGAGAUUGCAAAGGAAGCGCUGAAAACCCGCGACCCCAACUUCGCCGACCGGCCGGACAGCGUCGCCGCCAAGAUCAUGUGGUACGAUUAUAAGGACAUAGCUUUCAGCUCUUACAGCGAGUACUGGCGCCAAAUGCGCAAAAUAUGCAUAAUCGAAUUGUUGAGCGCCAAAAAUGUCCGAUCGUUCGCCUCGAUAAGAAACGAGGAAAUAUCGAGCCUCGUGGAGUCGAUUAGUUCGUCUAACGGAGACGUGAUUGAUAUCACCGAGAAGAUUUUCAAAGUGACGAGCUCGAUAACUUGUAGGGCCGCGUACGGUAAGGUUUGUAGAGAUAGAGAUGCCUUGAUCAAGGUUAUGAACGAGGCGUUGCUUUUUACGGGAGGGUUUAUGGUGGCGGAUCUUUUCCCGUCUUCGAAGGUGUUGAGUGUUUUGAGCUGGAACAAGCAUCGGUUGUGGCGGAUGAGGCGGAAGCUCGAUGUGAUUCUUGAUGACAUCAUCGACGAGCAUAAAGUUAAUUUAGCGCGUUUUAAGGAAGAGUCGUUGUCGGAGAAUGGUGACGUGGCGAGGAAGGGGAAUGGAGAAAGCGGCAACGAGGAUCUAGUUGAUGUUCUACUGAGGAUUCAGGAGAAGGGAGAGCUCGAGUUUCCGAUCGAAAACGACAAUAUCAAAGCCAUCAUUUAUGACAUGUUCUCAGCCGCAACCGAAACUUCGUCAUCGACAAUCGAUUGGGCAAUGGUGGAGCUAAUGCGGAACCCACGCGUAAGAGCAAAGGCACAAGCCGAAGUAAGAAACGUCUUCAAAGACGGCCAAAAAAUCGACGAAGCCGAAGCUUCAAAACUAAAGUACCUAAAGCUCGUGGUCAAAGAAGCCCUAAGGCUACACCCCGCAACUCCGUUACUCUCGCGGGCAUCGAGAGAAGACAGCGAAAUCAACGGCUACUUUAUCCCCGCAAAAACCAAAGUCCUCGUCAAUAAUUGGGGCAUGGGAAGAAAUUCCAAAUAUUUUCCGAACGCGGAAAACUUCGAACCAGAGAGGUUCGAGAAUAACGGGAUUGAUUUCAACGGAGCUAAUUUUGAGUAUCUACCGUUUGGGGCGGGUAAGAGAAUGUGCCCCGGUAUGACGUUUGGAUUGGCGAGCGUUGAGCUUCCUUUGGCGCAUUUGUUGUACCAUUUCGACUGGAAGCUUCCGGAAGGAAUGAAGCCGAGUGAUUUGGAAAUGCUCGAGAAUCCGGGAAUAAGUGCACCGAGAAAACACCAUCUUCGCUUAGUUGCCACUCCCUAUAGACCUAAUUCUUGCAAUUAGACAAGUUAUAUUACAUCUCUAAAUAAAAUUUGAUGGUGUUCAUCAAUUUCCGAAUAAUAUAAUAAUGAAUGAAUAAACGAGUGUUCGACA